UCCAAAUACCAUUUGUUCUCCAUCACGCCAAAGAAGAGUUAGGGGAAGGGGCGAGACAAAGAUUUGGGGUUAAGAGAAAGGAAUGGGAUUGGGCUUCUCUCUUUCUCUCUCCUGCCCUCCGUCCACUUCCAACCUCAGCAGUGCAGCGGCGCUGACUACGAGGAUGUCUGGUCAGUGGUCACUAUCGGAAUGGCCCACCGCCAAUGCGACCCGGUGGGAGGCUCCCACGUUUGGGGCGGCGGCUCGCUUCCGCGUGGGGGCCACGGCGCUACUGUUUGCCGUAGCAGCCGCUGGCAACCUGACACUGAUGGCCAGCGUGUGGGGCGGGCGCAACCGACGUCAUUCAGCCUCUCGCCUGCGACCGCUCAUGGUCAGCCUGGCGUCAGCCGAUCUGAUGAUGACCUUUGUGGUGAUGCCCCUUGACGCAGCGUGGAAUGCCACGGUGCAGUGGUACGGGGGCGACGCCUUGUGCAAGUUGCUCAGCUUCCUGAAGUUGUUGGCCAUGUACGCCUCGGCUUCGGCGCUGGUUGUCAUCGGCCUGGACCGCCAUUGCGCCAUUGUGCGACCUCUGCGCGUUCUGAGCGCCCGGCGCAGGAACAGACGCAUGUUGGUGCUGGCCUGGAGCCUCAGCCUGUUGCUCGCCGGACCACAGCUGUUUGUGUUCGGCACGGUGGACGCGGGCGUCGACUUUACGCAGUGUGCAACGCACGCCACGUUCAGUGUCCACUGGCAGGAAACGCUCUACAACAUGUUCCACUUCAGCACCUUGUACGCGCUCCCCCUGCUGGUGAUGAGCUGCUGUUACGGCCGCAUUAUGCUGCACAUCAACAACACGCACCUGAGGAAUAAAGGCCAACUGCGUCGUAGCAGCAGCGACGGCAUCUCCAAGGCCAGGAUGAAGACUCUGAAGAUGACCGUGGUCAUCGUGCUCUCGUUCAUAGUGUGCUGGACGCCGUAUUACCUGCUGGGAGUAUGGUACUGGUUCCAGCCCGAAGUGGUCCACUUCACGCCCGAGUACAUCCACCACGGCCUCUUCCUCUUCGGGAACCUCAACACUUGCUGCGACCCACUCAUCUACGGCUUCUACACACCCUCCUUCCGGGCUGACCUGGCCGCUUGCUGCUGCCCCAACCGGCGGGGACCGGCCACCACCGAUUUUGGGUUCCCCGUCCCCCGUGCCCGGAAUGAGUCAGAAGGACGAGUAAGGCUGCCGAGUCCCCAUGCCCAACAGGAAGGAAUGGGUCUUAGCCUUUUACCGACAAUUUGCCGAAAAUCGCCAAGCGUGAACACAUCCGCAAAGAAGCCUGUACGUGACAAAAUGAACGAUGGGAAUACGCCUGGCGAUUUCCUUCCAGCAAGUGUCCUCUAGGUGGCGCAAUCAUAAAUCAUCCAUCAAUAUGAACAUCAUUUGUGCCGUGCCUUAAUAUACCGGGCUCGGCUCUGUGACCUCGCCACAACACGCAGAUAUAAUAUUCAUCUCAUCUGACUGAAAUGAGCUCAAAUGCCAUUCAUCUACUCCAGGAAAAAAAGGCUUUUCUUUUUACUCCAGAAAAGUAAUUUUUCUUGUGGUAAUUGUAGUGACUUGUGUGCAACUGUCUGUGCCGGCCAGCACCCUUUAUUUGUAUUUAUUUGUUUGCUAUUGCGCGUCCGCACCACUAUACUCAGAAUGGAUUAGUUAGUGGAAGUGGUUAGCCUGACAAACUAGACCAGGGGUGGAAAACCUUUUGACUUGCGGGCCGAAUUGGGGACUAAAUUUUGACCGGGGGGCCGAACCAAGAGUAGAUGGAUGUAGUGUUUGUGUUAAGUAAUAUAAACGUGUAAACAUGUAUAAACAUGUAAAGGUCAUUGCAUAAACAGUUUUGGCCUUUAGUCGGUAGUAAAGCACGGAUAUUC